AUGUCCGGGAAGGUGGCUCUCGCCCAGGAGGACGCCCGAGGAGGCGACGAUCCGCAAGCAAACAAGAAGGCGCUGGCUGCUUACUUCACGCGCGUUCUCUCCACGCUGGGGCUAAACCUGGAGAACAAGGCUGAGAUGUACAGCGAGCCGUGUCUGAAAGCCAUAUUCCUGCUCAACAACUACAACUACAUACACAUGUCGUUACAGAGGUUACUAGUGUCGCUGCACGACAAGGGCAGGGACGUGCUGGAGAGAGAGGUGAGAGUGCUGCUGAGCAAGCAUAGUCGGCCUGUCAACCCCAUGCUCAUGCUGGACCUGCUGGGGCUCGACGAGGAGCUGCCUCACGAAGACAUGGGCAUCGACGUACAUCUACCUAACAAGGUCCUGUCCGACCUGGGCGCCAUCUCUCAGUGGCUCGUCACACGCACCGACCGCCUGGACUUCAUGAAUGCCUACGCUACGAUCCGCGCUGAGACGCUGUACCGCUCCAUUGUCGCGUUGAAAGAUCACCAGAAGAGCAGCAGCGGCAGCAGCCGCAGCAUGAACAUCCCGCACUCCCCGGGGAGGAUCCGGCCGACGAAGGAGACGCCGACGAAGCGAGGCUCCAAGCGGGGCUACAUGUACAGCAACUUCAUGAAGAAGGCGACGAUGGCGAAGCAUGCGAUAUACUCGCUGUCCGCGGACCCCGGAAGGAUGAAGGCAAGCGUUCCCGAGGACGAGCAGACGUCCGUCGACGUUGUGCCGUAUCUCACCAUCCUCUCCGCGUUCGUCAAACUAGCUCAGGAGCAAGAGAAUCUCACCAUGCUGCAAGAGUCCCUGGCAAAGAGUGACACGCUGACAACAAACAUGGUGUCCAUAUUGACGUCGUUUGAGAACCGCCUGCUGCAGCUAGAAGAGACCAUACUGCCAGUCUAUGAAGAGACUGGAAACCUUCAGCGAAGGCAGCACAACAUCGAGCAGACUCUGUCGCUACUCGACCAUGCUCUCAACUUCCACAACACGGCCAGGGAAGUGGAGUCCGUGAUUGAAGGAGCGCAGCCCAGCGACGACCUGGCGGCGUACCUCGAGUGCAUGGAGCGGCUGGCGAGCGCGAUCAAGUACUUUGGAGAAAACAACCCGGACAGUCUAGAGUUGUCGACAGUGGUGUGUGGGUGUGCGGGAGCCACACCUGUGCAGUACAGGUGUGGGGGUGUGCGGGAGCCACACGUGUGCAGUACAGGUGUGGGGGUGUGCGGGAGCCACACGUGUGCAGUACAGGUGUGCAAGUAUCUACCUGGCAUCGCACAGGACUCCCGAUCGUUGAGUCUUCCUUACAAACCGACAGACAAACUGAAGGAUAGAGACCGGCAACUCAUCAAAGAUAAAUUCACGGCGUUCAACAAGGAGAUGGAGGAGAUCGCUCGCGCGCAGAAGGGUUUCGCGAUUCCGGACCGGGAGUUGCGCGACAGCCUCCGUGCUGAGAACACCCAGCUCGUACUGCCACUCUACGAAACCUUCCUGCAGAGAUAUUCACAGUACCAGUUCACGAAGAACAACGAGAAGUACAUCAAGUACACGGCGGAGGAUGUUCGCAAGGAGCUCGGCUCUUUCUUCGACAUCGCCGCCUGAGGAGACGUGUCCGCGGCAGGCGAGCGACCUCGCGUCCUUCAAACGCCCUUCGCCGCGAAGCGAAAGACGUUUGCGCAUCGGCGCGGCCGGUCGUCGUCAGAAAUGUCUGCGACGUGUCGUAACAUCACGACGUUUUCACGCGAGAUGUUCUACAAAGGUUAUGAAAUCUUGGACUUGAGACGAUCGUUAUCAUUCUUUCAUAUAUAUACCCCGAAUUCGAGGUAGAAAACCGAUCAUUUUUUCGUACUUCCAUCUAAGGAGUCGGCGGAAAUUGACGGUGGCUUAAUUGCUCUUGAAGAUAGGUGCCUGAGGUAUGGAUGACUAUACCCUUCACAAUGCUGUUUGACCUUCAUUCUAUGACAUGGCUCUAUGGAGAAACAGAGCCGGCAUUUACAGACGUUGCUAGCAUAUUAUGUAUCUCCCGGCAGACCAAACUUGCAAAAACUAUUGAUCUGUGUGUGCGCUGGUAGUGUGCUGAUAAAUUAUAGCAAUGGCUGCUAUGAGCUGAUCAUUAAUCCUAUAGUAUCAAGAGUGAAUAAAGACAAAACUGUUUUUAUUCACGCCUGAUAGCAUCAACUUGUAAAUUCUAUUCGUGAUUGCAAACAUAUUAAUUUACCUACUUUGAAUCUAUACGUUGUAAUCAUCGAUGCAUGUGUAUAUAUACAUAUACGGCAACAGAUUUUCAUAUAUAAAAAAAUAAUUUAUUACCCACA